UGAAGUGCCUGACCCAACUGAGACAGACAUAGCAUUCAAGAUCCACAACGUACAGCAGAAGCACAAGGGGCAGACGCGUGUUUAAAUUAGUCCCGGCACAACUGUCGUGCAAGCAGCAUGCUACCCAUCACUAAAAAUCUACCGGCUAGUACAGCUCACACGAAAUCCUAAUAAUACACCCUAAAAACAAAGUGAAUAAAUUGUCUGUUGUAAAGAAGUGGUAGUUGGUGAUGAUGAGUGUAACUUGGUGCCAGUGUUGAUUAACGAUUGAGUUCAGUUUUUCAAUUUCCUGGAUUUAGAGAUUGUAAAUAUAUUAAAAAUGAAGAUUCUAGUGCUCACUACGAUAUUUCUGCUGGUGGAGGCCGACCUCCUGGACCUCUAUGUUCAACACAUGGACGAGACAAUGGGCACGAAUUUGGUAAAAAGACACCCGAAGGAUGUUGGACCAAAGCCCAGAGGUAAGAGGCACCUCAAGGGUGCAAUGAGAUACGGACACUUUCGGAAACAGCGAUUGGAUGUUGAGGACGACUGGUGGAUAGAUAAGAAGGUCCUCAAGAAAGCUAUGCCAAGGCUGCCGAUUCCCAAGCCAGAUGGUCUGGCUUUUCCAAAUCUCAGCGAGAGGAACAACAACAGCGAAGAUCACGAGGUUUUUAUGAAGAAACAGGAGUUCCAGAAGUCCGAAGGAUUCUCCACGUUCGCUGUCAAAGAUCCUACAGACCACGAUGACGUUGAGCAGGUGAUGUUGGAGGGUGUCAAUGACGAUGUGGAGAUCAUUUCUGAUGGUGAUAUUUCCCCGGGUCUCAAGGGAGAUCCCAGCAGGACUCCGAAGAAAUAUCAUCUGACCGAGAAGAUGAGCAAGUAUCAAUCGUUGAAGCAAAAGCGAAGCGUCAGUAAUCUCAACUUCACUAGGCGUGAGAUCCUUGAUGAUGUUGGUGAUGUCAUACUCGAGUGGGAUCCCUCUGAUGAGGAGAUUGUUACGUUUCGAGUCACAGCUAAGACCUUAGGAUACGUAGGAAUAGGUUUCAAUGAGAAGAGUCACAUGAUGGGCGCUGAUUUACUCCUCGCCUGGGUUGAUGAUCACGAUUAUUCCGUUAAUGUUCUGGACUUACAUGGACUCGACACCAAUGCCGCACCGAUCAUAGACCAAUCCCAGGAUGUCGAUGUUCUCGGUGGCUCUCAAAACGGUACCCACACAACCAUAACAUUCUCGCGAAGCUGGCAGACCUGUGAUCCCGAGGAUCGUCACUUAAACGAAGACAACGUGCGGGUACUCUGGGCCUUACAAGAUUCAGAUCCCGAAUUAAAUACACCAGUCUGGCAUGGUGAAAGUAGGGGUGCAAGAGCCCUGAGACUUCGUGGCGCUGUCCCAAAGCCAUCACCACCCCACAAUCCCGAUAUCAGGCACUGGGACGUCAAAUUGAAUCAGUACGCUGUUGAUGAUAAGCAGGAUACAAUUUACUGGUGCAAAAUAUUCAAAGCCCCACCGUUCAACAAGAAGCACCACAUGAUAGGGUACGAACCAUUAGUGGAGAAAGGAAACGAGGGAUUAGUCCACCACAUGAUACUUUACGAGUGCGCCUCGACGUCUCCACAGCUCGGUAAAGACUCGAAAAUCAGCGGAAGUUACUGCUACGAUCCGACGAUGCCGAGGGAGUGGGAAACAUGCAUUCAACCGAUUGUUGCAUGGGCCAGGGGAAGCAAAGGCGAAUGGUUUGCUGAACACGUCGGCAUCCCCGUAGCCGAACACAAAGAGGGUUCCUAUUACAUGUUGGAAGUGCAUUAUAAUAAUCCAACAUACAAAAAGGCCAUUGACAGCAGUGGAAUCAGACUCCACUUGACCCCGGUCUUGAGACCACACGAGGCUGGGAUUUUUGUCGCUGGUGUAGCUGUCAGUCCGCUCCACCUGAUUCCACCCCACCAGAAGGAAUAUGCCACUGCAGGAUAUUGCAGUCCGGACUGUACCAACAAGCUUUUCCCCGAGGACGGUGUCAACGUGAUAUCCGUGGUCCUCCACUCUCACCUAGCCGGUCGUCGGCUCAGUUUAAAGCACAUCCGUAACGGCGAGGAGCUUCCGCCCAUCGCCCACGAGAAUCGCUUUGACUUCGAUUAUCAGCAGUCCCACAGUCUUGAUGAGGAAGUGAAAAUUCUUCCAGGCGAUCAAUUGGUCACCGAGUGUGUCUACGAUACACAUGACCGGGCGAAUCCUACGUUGGGGGGAUACGCUGCAACCCAAGAGAUGUGUCUGUCCUUCGUGGUUUAUUACCCAAGGACAGAUCUCGCUGGGUGUUAUUCAAUGACUCCAGCUACUGAUCUUUUCAAGACCCUUGGGGUCACCAACUUCAAAGGCGUCAGUCUCGAUAAUUUGGAGAAACUAUUCCUGACCACUGGGGUUGAGGCAGUGACUCUUCCGACAAUCGUGCAACAGCAACUUCCGGUUUAUCCGGCGACAAGACCCAGUGAAGAAGUCGACGAGGAGAUAAUAAAAGAAACAGAGACAGCGAUAAAAGCAAUAAAAGAAUUCACAGAACAGGUUACGGAUGACAAUGUCUUUGCAAGACUCGUUAUUGAGGAUCCGAAGGAAUUUAGAGGGCGAACGUUGGCUGAACAUAUGUCGGCUUUAGCCUGGACUGACGAGUUGCUCACGAGGGCCAUUGAAAAUCGACUCUAUCACGGCAGACACAUGACUUUCUGCAGAAAGAGGGAUGAUAAAUUGGCUAUUCCAUCGGAUAUCCAGAUGUUUCCCAACGUUACGAGACUACCGGAAAAAAAUCAAACUGUCUGUCGUGAAAGACGGAUGAUGUCUUCUGGAACGAUCUCACUCUACACCGUCACAACAGCUUUUUACAUUUUUGCCUUGAGUCUUUUCCUCUGCUGAAAGCAGGACUCAAACGCUUCGGAGCUACUUGAAAGCUCUUUGUACAUUCGGAAAAUAUCACAAAAAUGUUGUAUUAAUUGGCUGAAAUUAUUUAUUUUUCAUGUAUUUUACGAAGUGCUGUUUUCGAUUAUUUUUUAUUUCAUUUUUCAUAUGUUAACUUGAAACGAUCGUUGAAAACUGGUCGCCACACGUAGUGAGAAUACUUAUUCCUUAUCUAGUGAUGAUGAUUUCGAUAUUACGUUUUUCAAUUUUUUACAUAAACAUGAUGUAGACUCUUGCGAGGUGCCAAAAUUAAUGAGAUAAUAUAAUGAAGAAAAAAAUUAAAUAAUAACGAUGUGUACAUAAUAUUUAUAAGAUGAAUUUUAUAAUUUUUAAUGAGUUGAAAAAUGAGAGCUUUUUGUAACGCAUGUUUUUUUUUCUAUUUGUGUAUAAAGAAAUGAUUCAACAGCUGAA